AUGGCGCAAGAAGAAGUUUAUGCCGGCCCUAUAUCUGAGAGCAUUCCCUCAAGCGUUGCAUCCUUCGUGCGCCGUCGUUCCCGUCGUGAAUCGAACGUCAGUUUUACCUACUUUCAGGAGAAUAACGGGUCAUUUGUAUGGCCUGAUGACCGUGACGAGGAAGCGGUUAUCGAACCGGACCAGCUUGAAAACGGGGACCUACGUAUCCAUCGUAUUCGUUCGGACGAGCAUGAUGAUCACACCCUCGAGCGAGACCAUGAAGAUGACCAGGAAGCCGAUGUUGAGACUCCCUUCCGCCCCUCUAGCUAUUUUGGUCCGACCCCUUCGCAUGACUCUGCUGAAGACCCCUUGCUUUGGCGCCGUGCAUCUUCCACGGACCACCAUCGUGGAGGGAAGACAUCAGACGGUAUUAUCAGCCAGAAGAUAUACAUUGCCUCCGAGGACCUUACCGCCGCCAUUGCAGGGUUCUCAACCAGCAUGGCCGGCUUGGCUACGUACCUUGCCAUCUGCGUUUUCACUUGUGGUCUCGGCUAUCUCAUCUUUAGAUGGGUCCCGAAAUGGCGAGUGUCAUUGAUAGGUACUCCAACGCCACUGUAUAAGUGUCAAUGGGUCGCUAUUGAAAACCAAUGGGGUCAAUUCACUAUACAGGAUAUCCAGAACCAGCCGUACGGGCGCCAACUCUCUACCGUUUUUGGGAGGGGAAACAAAGAAGGUACUGCUGCUAACUACGAGUAUGAUGAUGAUCCUAUAAUGCCAAAUUUACGAUAUCUGGAUUACCAUUACGUUCGGUUCUUCUAUCAACCCGUGCAAGACAGGUUUAGUAUUAGCGGGACUUGGGCGGACCCUGCAUGGGCUGAUGUGAAACUCCUACGCCGUGGAUUGGAUGCAGACGAAAGAGAGAGCCGGGAGCAAGUGUUCGGCGCAAAUAUUAUUGAUAUCCAGGCCAAGACUAUUCCGCAGAUACUGCUGGAUGAACAUAACGGCAACCGCCAUCGAAACCAGAUCAGGACAACUGUACCUUCAACUGAGCUGAUACCUGGCGACGUGUUCGAGAUUUCCGACCCAUCUCUAACUCAAAUACCCUGCGACUGCCUCCUACUCUCGGGUGACUGCAUUGUCAACGAGAGCAUGCUAACAGCCCAGCUAAAUCUAGCUGCCACUUCAGUUGAUCCAGGAGUUGCCAGGCAUUUCUUGUUCUGUGGCACAAAGCUUAUUCGUGCCAGAAGGCCCCAAGAUCCCGCAGAUGAUGAAGCGGCCGCUCUCGCCAUGGUCGUGCGGACAGGCUUCAACACUACGAAGGGUGCCCUGGUUAGAUCAAUGCUGUUCCCUAAACCAUCAGGUUUCAAAUUCUACCAGGACUCUUUCCGGUACAUUUCUGUGAUGGCUACCGUUGCAGCUGUUGGAUUUAUUGUUUCGUUUGUCAAUUUCAUUCGUCUAAAGGCUCAAAUCCCAACAGAUAUUCUGCAUAAGUCCACAAAGGUACUUUCUAGACAGGAGCUUCUUUGUAUACAUGUUACUAAUUUUGAUAGGGUUAAUGUUGCCGGAAAGCUUGAUGUUGUCUGCUUUGAUAAGACUGGAACUUUGACUGAAGAUGGCCUUGAUGAUUACGGCCCAAAUACGGCCAUUCUUUACACCAUGGCGACUUGCCAUUCACUAAGGAUGAUAGACGGAGAACUAAUAGGCGACCCUCUAGAUGUUAAGAUGUUUGAAUUUACAAGCUGGUCCUACGAAGAAGGUAGCCACAACACUGCAGAAGUAUAUGAGGAUUAUGAAAAUAUCUCUCCAUCUAUUGCAAGAUCUCCGCUCAAUUUUGCUCCUCCAAAUGAUGCCGGACCAACGCCUGAAGCAAGUAAUGCUACUGAGUUAUCCAUCCUUCGCAUUUUUGAAUUUGUCUCUCAACUCCGCCGAGCUAGUGUUGUAGUACGCCAACCAGGUAGUGAUGGGGUUGACAUAUUCGUUAAAGGGGCCCCAGAGUGCAUGAAAGAUAUAUGCAUUCCUAAAAGCUUGCCACCCGACUUUUCUGAACUCUUGAAUUACUACACCCAUCGCGGGUUCCGAGUUAUUGCCUGUGCAACCAAACAUAUCCCGCAGUUUUCACUUCGAGACAUCUUUUCCAUGAGUAGGGCGGAUGCCGAAUCAGACCUUGAAUUUAUUGGCUUCAUCAUCUUUGAGAACAAACUAAAGCCUACUUCGAAGGGUGUUAUUACCGAGCUACAUGAAGCUGGUAUUCGCAGUGUAAUGUGUACGGGCGAUAAUAUUUUGACAGCCGUCAGCGUUGCAAGGGAGUGUGGCUUUGUUGAGGGCGCCGCCCCUUGCUUUGUUCCUUACUUUGUUGAGGGUAAGCUUCCACUCCGAACCAUUUAA